CGCCAUUCGCGCGCGCUCCGCGGCCACGCGAAUAAAAGCAGACUCUGGCCGAAGCGAGGUGCAGCUCAGGGUGUGCGUGUAGGCUUUUCCUUUUAUUAAUUAUAAUUCAUUAUAAACUUCUAUCCUAAACGUUCGAAAUCGAGUUUUGUUUCGACUGUAAACUAACCCGUUAUACUAGGGAGGCGCCGGGCCGUGGUGCAUUUUUUUUCAGUACCGCCCGCCUGGCCGGCCAUCCUCCCAUAGAUCUUCUGCGCUGGCGCUUCUAGCAGCAGGGUGAUGUUGAAAGAGCUCCGCAUCCUGGGCUGGAUCCACCCUGCUCACUCGAUUUGCGAAGAGGAACUAGAAAGACUCCGAGCAGAAGGACUUGCCGAUGCUGGGCUAGACAUUGGAGAGCGAGGCGCUGCCAUCGGCGCUCCGCUUCACGAGUAAUGUUCUGAGUCUCCAGCUCCCUCUCAGUUCUCCCUCCGCUCAUCAUGGCUAAGCAGUACGAUGUCUUGUUCCGGCUGCUUCUGCUGGGCGACUCGGGCGUUGGAAAAACCUGCCUGCUGUGCAGGUUCACCGACAACGAAUUUCAUUCAUCGCAUAUCUCCACCAUAGGUGUGGACUUCAAAAUGAAGACCCUAGAAGUGGAUGGGAUCAAAGUAAGAAUUCAGAUCUGGGAUACAGCUGGUCAAGAACGGUAUCAGACUAUCACAAAGCAGUAUUACAGACGAGCACAGGGAAUCUUUUUAGUCUAUGACAUUACCAGUGAGCGUUCCUUUAAGCAUAUAAUGAAGUGGGCCAGUGAUGUAGAUGAGUAUGCACCAGAGAAAGUCCAAAAGAUUCUGAUUGGGAACAAAGCAGAUGAAGAUAUGAGAAGACAAGUGGCAACAGACCAGGGAGUGAAGCUUGCAAAGGAGUAUGGGAUGGACUUCUUUGAGACAAGUGCCUGCACCAAUUAUAAUAUUAAAGCGUCCUUCACUCGAUUAACUGAACUAGUCCUUCAAGCACACAAGAAGGAGCUGGAUGGCCUCAGAGUCUCCAUCAACCACGAACUGAGUAUAGCUGAUCUAGAAGAAGAUGACGGCAAAGAUGACAGACCGGGCAACUCCCAGAAGGUCUGCUGGUGUUAGGCAUUCCAAAAGGCGGCAGUUUCUCACACUUUUCCAAUGUGAGGAGGCAUCCAUCUAAUUUGGACUGAAGUUCAACUCUUCCUUUUCUGAAGACUAAGAAAUGUCCAUUGAUUUUUUUGCACAGAUUGGCUGAAGCUCCUGGUGAAUCUUCUCCAAGUGCUUUAUCUCCCACUUGUCGGACACAAAAAUUGUUUUAUUAAAGCUAAGUUACACUAAAAUAAAGGGUAUAAAGAUGGAGGAGGUUACUAAAUAAUCCUGAUCCACACCACUAAGCGGCUCAAAUGAGAAACUUGAGCGCUGCCAUAGUAAGGACGAUAGCAUUUGACGUGUACGUCCACAAUAGACACCCAGAGUCUCAUGAUUAGAGUUGGAAUUGCAGCGAAACAAUGGCCUGAUUAGAUUUGUGGUGCGCACCAACAAAACAGAAUUGUUGCGUGUGAAUUGAAUUUCUCAGUAGACCUUUUGGUCGAUAAGCAGAGGUGUGUAACAUUGAGAUGUUGGGACUUCGACCAGGGUGUAUUAUGCUUUUCCAUUUUUUUUUUAUUAUUGAUACUGCUUAUUUUUUUUUUUUUUUUUUGUUUUGUAAGUUUAUAAUUGAUAUUUAUCCAGGUUUGGGUUAAGCCUUGUCAGGUUGUGGAAGUGUCUCUUAUCACCUCUCCCUCACUUUGCAUGUAGGCAGACGGGACGUUCAUGGAGAACCCUGUGGUCGUUUGUUUAAUUCCUUAUGCUUUAGGACUUUGGCCUUGAUUUUGAGACGAGAAAUGAUAGCAUUAACAAGAAUGCAUCAUGGCAUGAAUUUCUUUUCUGAUUGUUUCAGCGAACCCAUGAUAAAAAUUUUGUUUUCAGGGUCUGAAAUUCUGACCACCUCAUAAAUCCAAGGCUAGACAGACGGUAACAAUUAGUACCUCAACUCCCAGCACCAGCCAGGCAUUCUACCUGCAUCUUUAUCUGCCUGUUACAAACCACACCAGAAAUCACAGAGCCUAAUCCAGACAAAAAUUAAAAGCUUAAAUUCAGAAGUUUAAGAAGUUGGAAGAAUUUUCAAAAAAAAAACAAAAAAAGGACCAUGGGAAUUUUGAACUAUUUUAAGUAGAUCCAAAGGCCCAUUUGUGGACAUUACCAGGUGGCUUCAAAGCUGAAUCUCUCUUACCUCACUGGUAGACAUUAGAAUGAAAUCUUCAACUAGAAAAAGGGAUCAGCCUACCGCUCCAAAAUCUUAUUGCCUUUACGUGCAUUGCCAGGUAGUUUGUAUGUUCUGAACGGUGCGGCUACUUGCUUACUACCAGCCCCACACAUUGUUUUUUUAUUUGAUGCUUGGUCAUGCCCAAUUUUUGCCAAGAAGAGCUGAUAUCCAUGAAAUUGAUUUUACCAUCUAUGGACAAUGGCAACAAAUUCUUCCCUCAAAACGAGGGGUUAAGCUUGGAAAAAUUUUUGCGCCUUUGGAAGCUGAAGACAUCAAUCAGUUCUGUUCAGCACUUCUUUAUUCGCACUGAUCCAAGAAAAGCAAAAUUUCCAAAUCUAAGGAAGUUGUAAAUCAUUAUCCUGCCAGGUUGUGUUAACUGAUGAUGGAGACAGGCCAAAAGCACACUGUGUCCACAUCAGUGGACAUCCGUAAUCAGGGCUGGUGAGAAGCUACUCUCGUAAUAAUGACGAGUUCCUUGUAUUACACGGCACGGGGAGGGUAAAAAUGUCAACCUCCGUCUGUAGAUGCAGCAUCUUCAUGCGCUUAUCUAAUUAUUGAAUCUGUUUAGAUGUUCUACAUGUUGAUUUCUCCUUAUAACAUGGACAGCUGUUAGAGCACAUUUAGAAUGUCUGUCUGUGCGACUUGCAAACAUGUCAUUUGCUGCAGUAAUAAAGAGAAAACUAUUAUCUGCAUUUCA